AUGGGUAACCUCUCAGAUAGAGUCAUGAACAUGAAGUUCAUGCGGAAAUCAGAUGCUGAUAAAGAAGACAUUAACAAAGAAGAACAACAGAAGAAAAUCCAAGAUAUGUCUGAAUGGGUAUUACCGAAUUCUACGAAGCUUAUAGCCAAAACUCAGUCUUCAAAUGUUGUCCAAUCUAUAGGAUACGCUAGCAUAAAUUCGAUUUCGAUGGAUGAGAAAGAUGAGCAAGCUAAUGAUACUCCAAUGCCGGCGAAUGUGGGAAGAAAAACUUGGGGAGAGCAAGAACCAAAAAAGAGUGAAGAAACAGAAUUAGAGAUAACGAAAUUAAAGGAUUCUAUACCCAAGAAAAAGGUGUGUAUUUUUUUCUAG